UUAUCUUGACUGGUAUGAUUGAUCAUUCUCGACACCGUUGGGUUAUCUUUAUAAGGAGCUGAACGAUAUGAAAAUUCCUCAAUCAAUUCCUCACCACAAUACAAAAUUUGUAUUAUCGUUACCGCAGUAUUCACAUUGUCAAUCGUAAAAUCUCACCAUGAAACAAUUCAAAAAUUUAAUAUUCACGAGUCUCUUUAUAACUUUAGUGCAAUUCGGGUUCUCUCAGUCGACACAAAACCCAGAGUGCGGAAUCAUAGAAGAUGAGUUUCAUGGGCUUUGUCCCAUUUGGGAACCCGAUGUUCCAACUUAUCAUCCAUACCCGUGGGACUGUAGAAAAUUUUUAGAAUGUACAAAUGGCGUUGCCAAGGCGCAGUGUUGUGCCCCAGGAACUGUGUGGGAUCAGGAUCUAACUGUGUGUAACCAUGAAAGUACGACUCCUUGCGUCAUUUUCACCUUGCCAAGUCCUACAACUACGACAACCACACCAACGACAACAACCACACCCACCACCACCACCACCCCAACAACGACCACGCCAACAACGACCACACCAACAACUACCACCCCAACUACAACCACACCAACUACAACACCAGAGCCCACAACGGAAGAGGACGAUCCAAUCAAUUGGGUUUGCCCAGAAGGUUACGAGGGACCUUUGGCUCAUCCAUAUGUCUGUAAUUUCUUCUAUAUUUGUGAUCCUGGAAGACGUCCGUGUCUUAUGGAAUGUCCACCCCCAUUGUUUUACAAUCCGAGAACUGAAGAUUGUGAUUGGCAGUUUAACGUACCUGAGUGUGUGGGUGGAACACCUCCACCAGGAACACCGACCCCUCGUCCACCCACCACUAGCAGUCCUAACUACAGAAAUUAUCCCAGAACUUUGAUUGAAGGCAUAUCGCCCUUACUUCAAAACCCUUGUGAUUUGGGGGAAAUGGACAAGUAUGUUAAAAGGGUGAAUAUGUCGUAACUUUAUUAUUUGAUACAGUUGUUCGUUUACGGUUAUUAACAAAAUAAUUAAUGUCUAGUAGCUUAUACUCGUUUGCAUUUAUAUUUGCACUAAUGAAUAAUAAAAACUUUGAAAAGAGGG